CCGGAACGCCACAGAUUCGAAGGCAAACGUAACAGGAAAAAAAAGCAAAAAAAAAAAAAAAACAAAACAAAACUCAAAAUCAGAAGCCACAACAAAGCUUUGGAAAAAAAAACGCACUUAAAUGGAUAGCCACAUGAUGAUAAACGACGAGUUCAACAGCAACUUCUUGAACCCCGUUAGUUGUGGUAAUUGUGAUAGCUCCACCGAUUGCAGAGGUGACACCAAUUUGGACGCGGUGCACUCCAACGAUUGCUACGCCCAAUACGAUUGCCCCUGCGAGAUGACGGAACGCCAGAAUUUCGGUGGCUCCUAUGCAGCCGGCAGUCGCAUACCGAGGGGCGCGGCGAGGCCGCGUCAAGGUCCAUCGCCGCGCAACAACUACUCGUUCCAGCCGGUGUUCCAUGAGCGCACCAACAUGGAGGACGAUGCGCUGCUGUCCGAUAAUCUGUGGAAGCUGGCCCGCAAGACGGGCACAUUGAAUAUGACCAACAAGGGCAUGUCUCGCGUGCCCGAGCGUAUCUAUGACAUUAACGAGCCCGACGAGGACAGCAAGAAGGCCAAUCUGGUGCAGUUGUCCAUUAGCGAGGAGGAUGCCUGGUGGAAUCAGGUGCCGCUGGAAAAUCUCGACCUCAGCUCCAAUGCCCUGUCGCAUAUAUCGCCCAAAAUUGAGAAUCUGCUGACGCUAACCGUGCUGCAGCUGCAUGACAAUGCGCUCGUCGCGCUGCCGCCAGAGAUUGGAAAGCUGGAGAAGCUGGUGCGCCUGAAUCUUGGCCACAAUAAGCUAAGCGAAUUGCCAAUCGAGCUAUUCAGCUUGCCAGAGCUGCGGCAUCUAAAUAUAUCACAUAAUGAAUUCAUUGAGCUCAAUCCGGACAUCAGCAAUUUGCACAUGCUGGAGUUCCUGGAUGCUGGGAACAAUAACAUAAACAGCUUGCCUGGUGGCAUUGGGUUUCUGGUGCGUCUAACGGCUCUGCUGCUGGCCAAUAACCACAUCAAGGAGCUGCCGCCCGAUAUUGUCUAUAUGCGCUCGCUGCAAAAGCUAGACCUGAUGAAGAACGAUCUGAUCGGCUUGCCGGAGGACAUGGGCCUGCUGCGCAAGCUGCAAUGCUUGUAUAUCCAGCACAAUGACAUCAAGGAGCUGCCUGACUUUGAGGGCAAUGAAGCGCUGAACGAACUGCACGCCAGCAACAACUUUAUAGAGCGCGUGCCGAAGGAUCUGUGUGCCAAUUUGCCGCAUUUGAAAAUCUUGGAUUUGCGCGACAACAAGAUCACACAGCUGCCCGACGAGGUGUGCCUGUUGCGCAAUCUGAAUCGUCUGGAUGUGUCCAACAAUUCCAUUAGUGUGCUGCCCGUCACCUUGGCCUCGCUGGCGCAUUUGAUCAGCCUUCAGGUGGAUGGCAAUCCCAUCAAGACAAUACGACGCGACAUUCUGCAAUGCGGCACAGCCCGCAUUCUAAAAACGCUGCAAGAUCGCGCCCAGGCCAAAGGCCGCGAAGAUGGCGGCGCCGAGGACGUGGCAUGCAGCAGCCGAUCAGCUGCAUCCAGUCAACAGCAACAGCAAUUGCCACCCAAUAUGACCGACAACAGCUACCAGCAGCCCGGUUGCGCCCAGUCGCCAUUCAGGCGCUGUCAUUGCCAAUGCCAGUGCCAGCACUUUAUGCACAAUCACCAUCAACAUCACCAGGAGCAACAGCAGCCGCAUUGUGGCUUAUACUAUCCGCCGUUUAAUGGGCCACCAAAGUAUAUGACAGAGGAUUACGAGCAAGAGCAGCAGCAACAGCAGCAACAAUUUGGGCAUCCCAAUCAUUAUGCGGCGAACCCACAGAUGCCCUAUCAGGAUACCUAUUUUAAUGGCCAUUAUAUGCCCGGCUGUGCAUCGAUGACACCAGCCCAUCAGGCUGCCUAUAACCAGUUCAAUCGUUGUGUUGUGCAACCUCGUUGGGUAUACAAGCUGCGUCACACGCGCACUUUGGCAGUGAAUUUGGAGAACCUCACGGAUGUGCCGACGCACGUCUUCGAGCUGGCCAGCGCGGAGAAGGUGCAUGUGGUGGAUUUUGCCCGCAAUCAGCUGAGUGCUUUCCCGCCGGGUUUGCAGCGCAUGUCCAAUUUGGUAACGGAGCUUGUCCUGGCCCACAAUGUCAUUGCCAGUGUACCAACUUUUAUUUCCCAAUUCACUCGUAUAACAUUUCUAAAUUUGUCUAACAAUGUAAUUAAGGACUUGCCACCCGAAUUUGGGCUGCUCAACACGCUGCGCGAACUGAAUAUUGCCAACAAUCGCUUUGAGUAUUUGCCGAAGGGCCUGUAUGAACUGCAGGGCCUGGAGAUUCUAGUUGCCAGCGAUAAUCACAUUAAGGCCCUGAACGUGGCCGGCUUGGAGAGUUUGCCCCGGCUGAAUACGCUCGACUUGCGCAAUAAUGAUAUUGAAUAUGUGCCGCCCAUACUGGGAAAUCUAACAAAUAUUACCCACUUGGAGCUGGUGGGCAAUCCGUUUCGCCAGCCGCGCCAUCAAAUCCUGAUGAAGGGCACAGAUGCCAUUAUGUCCUAUCUACGUGAUCGCAUUCCCACCUGAAGCAGCUAAACAAAGACGCAUUAUUAUUUAUUUAACGAUAACUUAGCGCACAUUCGAAACGCUAAUUAAUUUAAUCAUUUAUUAUUGUUGUGUUGAUUUUGAGACAAAAGCUUAACCAAAUUAAAGUGGCGCCCGCACACGCACACACACACUCGCACACACUCAGCCAGACAAUACAAUCUGUCAUGCGGCCAGUGUGUGUGUGUGUGUGUGUGUGGGCGCCAGACGCGCGUA